AUGACUGAACCAACACCAUCAUAUUCCUAUUGUCAAGUGACAAAAGAUAUUUUGCAAGGGUUUAGACCUGUUGAAGCAAAAUUUUUACCAAAAGAUUAUCCAGCACUUUCAAAUAAGACUGCUAUUGUUACCGGUUGUAACACAGGGAUUGGCUUUGGAGUGAUGAGAUUAUUAUAUGAAAAAAAUCGUAACGUCAUUGGUGAGGUGAAGAGGCCAAACAAAAAAGUAUUGCAAGAAUUUCCCUUAUCUAAAGGCUCUAUCUCCAUUAUUGGAAAUUGUGAUUUCUCAGAUUUGGAAAAUAUUCCAAAAGUUGCCCUGGAGAUUAAAAAUGCUCUAAGUGGCAGACCUAUUAAUUUAAUUAUCCACAAUGCAGGUUUAAUGUCCAGUAGUAACAAUGGCACAUCUAAACAAGGCUACAAAGCUAUGUUCCAAACUAAUGUAAUGGGCCCACAAUUAUUACAGUAUUUCCUAGACCCUCUAUUUUUAAAACAAGAUGACGACUUAAAAAGAAUUGGUUGGGUUUCUUCUGGGGCUCAUCUUUUACGGUUCCCAGAAUACGGUAUCAACUGGGAAGAUCCAGGUUUUACAAAAGUUCUGGUAACCAAAAGGCCCUCUGCUAAUAAGCUAUAUGGUCAAUCCAAAGCCAGUAAUAUUCUUCAGGCAAAAGCUUAUGCAACUAAAAAUAGAGAAAUUUUUGAUAAGAUGGGGUGUAUAUCAGUCAGUGUAUACCCAGGUAAUUUGAAAACAUAUCUACAGAGAUAUUGGGGUUGGUUAAGAAGAAAAACUAUCGGUGAAUUAUUUUUUGACGGUAAGUAUGGUGCUUAUACUGAAUUAUAUGCUGCUUUAUCACCGGAAUUAACUGUAAAGGAUCAAGGUUCUUACGUAGUCCCUUUUGGAGCAGUCGCACCACCAAGAUCAGAUGUGGCUAAAGGUUUACUGAAUGGAACUGACCUUAAAUUCUGGGAUAUGGUGGAUAAUAUGAUUGAACUUUAUAAAGAGAUUGCAUAUAUUUAA